AUGGGGUUGUCAACAAGCACGUGGACAUGGACUAAAGGGAUAUGCUGCCCGUUUGAGACAUAUGUAGGCAGAAAUUUCAGAGAUAGACUCAAGGCAGCUCAGAGUAGGCAGAAAAGUUAUGCAGAUAACCGUAGGAGGGACCUUGAAUUUCAGGUUGGUGAUUGGGUAUUCCUGAAAUUGUCCCCUUGGAAGGGUGUGAUUCGGUUUGGGAAACGUGGAAAGCUUAGCCCAAGUUACAUCGGUCCUUAUGAAAUUACGGAGCGGGUUGGCCCAGUAGCUUAUCGUUUGAGGUUAUCCCCAGAGUUAUCCAAGAUCCAUGAUGUUUUCCAUGUGUCUAUGCUCCGUAAGUAUGUAGCCGAUCCGUCUCAUAUCUUGCAAGAACAACCCAUUAGUUUAAAGAAGGAUUUGACCUACGAAGAACCGGUUCAGAUCUUGGAUCAAAAAGAGAAAGUGCUGAGAAAUAAGACGGUUCGACUUGUUAAAGUCCUUUCGAGAAGUCAUCAGGUUGAGGAGGCUACUUGGGAACCUGAGGAUCAGAUGAGGUAG